CAGUAGAGAAUAUUUACAUAUAAAUUUCAAAACCUCUUCUUCUUCUUCGUACUAUCAUUGAGCUAGUGUACUGUUGGCGGUGAAAAUGGUGGCGCAAUACGAAGAGAUUCGCCGGCAAAGAGUGGAGGAGAACAGGAAGAGGAUGGAAGCUCUCAACCUCCCUCAGCUCUCUCACGCUCUUCGCAAAUCCCCUUCUCCCAAACCCUCUCCGCUGAAGCAAGUGAAAUCUCGCACCACCCAGAAAGAGCUUGUUGAGGUCAGGAGGUCCAGCCGUGUCGCCAACAUGCCCACUCCUGUUUACAAAGAAGUGUCUGUUGAUACUGGGAAAAUGCCUCGAAUUCGAAGAGCUUACAAUAAGCAUAGGGAUUAUUCGAAUCGGGUGUAUGCUUCAGAUGAAGACAGGGAGGAAGCCUUUGAGAGAGCAGAAAAGUUACUUGAGGAUUUAGGAUCUGAAUUUCCUGCCUUCACCAAGCCAAUGCUUCAGUCCCACGUCAGCGGGGGAUUCUGGCUGGGCCUUCCAGUCCAUUUCUGCAGGAAGAACCUACCUAAACAGGACGGAGUGAUCACUUUGAUUGAUGAGGAUGGUGAUGAGUAUUCAACAAUAUAUUUGCCUCGAAAAACAGGACUAAGUGGUGGAUGGAAAGGUUUUGCAGUUGCUCAUGACCUAGCAGACGGGGACGCUUUAGUUUUUCAAUUAAUCAAACGCACUGCAUUCAAGGUCUAUAUUAUUAGAGUGAACAGUCCUCCAGAGGGUACCACAGCUUAAUGGCACUUGGAGAUUGGAGCAAGAAAUAUUAAUAUAGGUUCUAUAUGGUCAAGUUCCGUCUUGGAAGUCUUGGGUUUAGUUUUUUGGUGUAAACUUGUAGUUUUUCUAAACCCUGAUAUUUAACUUGUAAUUUAUCUUUACAAGUAUUAGGAACUGGCUCUUCUGGAUGUAUAAAUGAACAAUGAACACAACGACCCUUUGCCGGGCUUUUUUUGGAUCUGACCUAUUAAAUAUAAUAUAUAAACAGCGUUAUUUGAAAAUAAA